AUGUCGUCGCUGUCGUCAUACAAACGCUCCAUGUGUCUUCAGGCCCAGAUCAAAUCGGUCCAAUCAAUCCCAGACGGGGCACAAAGUGUGCAGGGUACGCUCGUGUAUCAUCCUUCAUCCCCAGAUCAGGAUUCUUCAUCUAUUCUCGGGCGUCUGGAGCGGAUCGAGUCACUGCUAGGCAUUGGCACAGCUGGAAACAUGGCCUCAUCGCUGGCCGUUGACUCGGAUCCGGAGGAAGAGUCUGACGAUGUAUCUUCUCGCGGGAUUUGGAAAGCUGUUGAGCGUCUUCAGAUCAUCACCCGUCCGCCUCAGGAUCAUAAUAUCUGGUCAUAUUCGAUCGUCACGCGCUUAUGGACCUCAUUUCUGAACAACCUUCCAUUACUUCAUUUUCUUCAGGAUCAAAGUGCUUUGGUCUCCCCUUCGCCACUCUUGCUUGCCUCUGUUCUCUACGUAUCAGCUGUGCAUAGCCCUCUAGCAGAGCUUGCUUCGUUAGCAGGCGGAUAUUUCGCAGCUACAUGCAGUGCGAUUGCCGAGCUUGUCGUUCCAAGCGCACUGCCUGGCAUCUCCGGCUGGACCGGAGGCCAUGUCUCUUCAUCCUCAAGUGACGAGCAUAGGGUGUUUCAGGAUAUUCUCGGCCUUAUUAUGGCUAGCCUAAGUUGCGAAGCGUACAUUGAAACUACGGACAAGUGGAUAGCUCUCGCCUAUCGUCUUCUACUAGACCACUGCCCUGCCGACCUGGAAGAUGCAACAUAUGAUUGGCGUCGUCUAUUUUCGGGCGUUCAGGUGAUCGACAUCGAGCAUGCCUCCAUGCACAUGUGCUAUCCCCUUCUUCCUAGACAGCCACCCAUACCCGCUCUGCAACAGUCGGAUAGCCAUCAGGAGAGUGCAUUUCGCGGUCUCGCACAGAUGAUGCACCAAGGCCUUAGCCAUUUCGUAGGCCGGAAACUCCCCACUAUAUGGUCCUUCGUGAAUGCUAGAGAAUCGGAUGCCUUACCCUCGGUUGGUACACCUUUUACAGACAAGGAUUCUCAAGUUAUUCGGCUUUGGGCCAAGAAACUCGAUGAGUGGUUGGUUCAAUACAACGGGGCGUCGCAGCCCUCACCGUCCGACCGUCAAGGUAUCUUAAUUCUCUUGCAGUACCACCUCCAUAAGCUCUACGUUCUAUCAAUCUACCAUCCAGCUCGCGGCUUUGACCUGAGCUCCACGAACAUCACCCUGAGCGAACGGCAGGAGCUCCUGAUGUCGGCGCGCGCCGUCCUGCGAUUGCGGCAGGAUGAUUCUAGUAUAUGGUCGAACUGGGAUCUAAUUAUGAUAACCUGGGCAGCCAUGCUCCUGCUACGCGGGGUCGAGGACGGAAUGACACAUCACGAUGAUCUCCAUCUGAUCCAAACCCAGCUCAGCAGCUUGAAACGAAGCGACCCGUCUACAUUGAGCAUUCACGGCAUCCUUGCAGAUCGCCUUCAGUCAGGAAUACAAAGCAUGCAUACCCCGCCGGACAUUGGACCUGGUUUUGCGUUCCCGGCGCCGAACAUGGAUUAUUCGUGGACCAUCUUUGAUCAGCAGAUUAUGACUCUGGCCAAUCCGCCUUGGCUUUUUGAUGACUCUUCCAUAGCGCAGCCACAGAAGCUGGUCGAGCAAUAUCAGUGA